CUCGCUGACCCGAUCAAGUGCCAGUGAACGACCGUAAUGACUCUCAGGAUCAUCUUCUGGACCUCUUUAGUGGCAAUUCUUGGCGUUUUAGCCUACAGGGAGCUGGAAGUUGUCACUGUAGGAUUCUCGCUAGAGCCGGUGUAUAUACCAGCAAAGCGGUCAGAUGUGUUUCGAAUUUUGAUGGAUGAACCAGAAUAUUUGGUGAUGACUCACCCAAUGUGGUAAGAAUUUGAAUUCAGCCUGAGGUGGGGUAUUGGUCUAUAUUCUGGUCAUGAUGGUGGUUCUAAAUUUUAUUUUCUAUUAUUAUUUUAUUAUUAUAAAAUUAUUUUCACUACUACUUAUUUUCACUACUGCCUAAGUAGUGCACAUCACUGCGAAGAUCACUUUCAUUCAUGUCUUUAUCCGCAGUUCAAAUAUAUGACCUUCAUAUAUUCUUAACCGUCUAUUCAUCACUUCACGAGUCUAUUUAGAACCACCAUCAUGACCAGCUCCCAGUUGGCUUGUUAGCUCAGUUGGUAGAGCGCUGCACCGGUAUCGCAGAGGUCAUGGGUUCAAAUCCCGUACAGGCCUGAAUUUUUUCAGGCCUUAUUUUCACUACUGCCUAAGUAGUGCACAUCACUGCGAAGAUCACUUUCAUUCAUGUCUUUAUCCGCAGUUCAAAUAUAUGACCUUCAUAUAUUCUUAACCGUCUAAGGUAAUUAAGUAUUAUCAACUGAGUUGAUACCGUAAAUAGUUUAAUAAAGUUGAAGUUACGAGCUCUAGGCCUUCGUCAGAGCGAUCAACCAAGGUAACAACUGUAUGGCUCAAAAGUUUAUGAAAUGGCGCGGUGAUGAUGAAAGUGAUACUGAUAAAAUUUCUUUGACAGAAAAGGAGAACUUUUUGUUUUAUUUCCACAUAAUAAAACAGUACUAUACCUAUCAUAAUAACAUUAAAAGGCUUUGACCCCAGAAAGUUAGUCUCGACCAUAAGUUGGGUUUGAAAGACUGGGAACCAAUGUGGCAUUUGUGGGAUAGUUCAUGAAUUUUUACACGACAUGUGUUCCUUUUUUUCGGUAUCGAUUGCUGUCCCUCUUGUCUCAAAUCUUUCCCUUAGAGCAGACGCUUGCCUUUAGAAAAAUGUUAACGAGUACUAGUAUUUUCCUCCUGGGCUUAAAGUUUCUUUUUGCACACGCGAAAUAUCAGGCGACGUGGGAGUCGCUUGAUUCGCGGCCACUUCCCUCCUGGUACGACGAUGCGAAGUUCGGAAUUUUUAUGCACUGGGGGGUGUAUGCUGUUCCGAGUUUUGGCUCCGAAUGGUUUUGGUGGCAUUGGAAAGGAGAAAAUGAUCCAAAAUACGUUGAGUUUAUGAAAAAGAAUUAUCGUCCGGGUUUCUCCUAUGCCGAUUUUGCGCCGAUGUUCAGGGCUGAAUUUUUCGACCCUGAUCUGUGGGCGGACAUGUUGGCUCGAUCCGGUGCCAGGUUUGUGGGACGAUUUUUUCAUGAUUUUUUUAAAGGUUGCCAUUCUUUUAAUACUCUCAUUUAUAGAGUGUUUCUUUAUAGUACGAAAAUUGGGCAUUUCAAGCUUUCCGAAGCAGUUGAGACAAGCUGAACUAAGAAAAUUAUGCAAUAUAUGUAGUUAUCUUUAGAAAUGGUUUCUAAAAUAGGUGGUUUUGUAAUAAGUACCUGCAUCACAAAGGGUUCUCAACUUGACCUAUUUUCGUAGAUUAAAUCUCUUGGUUUGAGAGUUUUGAGGAUUUGAUUAAAUAUGCUAUAUUCAGCUUCAGCAGACAUUCCUUGAUAUCUGACAGAUGUUAGUUCCAGUUUCAGCAUUAAAGCUAUUCGAACAAAAUCUGCUGAGAGCGCAUUUUCUCUUAAGAUUUUUUUGGAAGUGAUGAUAUUAUAUAAUUUUUUUUAAUGGGUGACAAGUCCUUUUACUUAAUCAAGUCUUGUUACUCUACAGACUUGUUCUUUGCAUAGUUGAUGACUAUACCAUGGCCAACAGUCUCAAUUUAUCUCUAUAGUCUUAAGUAGGCCUGGGAUAUGCAGUGUGUGUACCAGGCUUGUUGGCUCAUCCCUCCUCCCAUCUCAACCAUGCUCAACUGCUCAUUUUCUGUGAUGGCAAUCUCUACUGCCAAUUAAGUUUGUGAUAAUAUCCCUUCUUCUCUAUGGGAAUCAUUGCAUAACUCUCAUUUUGCAAAAGUAAACUUUAUUUUUAAGAAACUAACAUAUUCAAGUAGAAGGAGCUUUUCUUUAGGAGAGAGGAUCAACAACAUAAAGUCAGCUACUACUUUUUUAACAACUAGGCUGGAAGAAGUAAUGCCUUACUUUUAUAAUUAUUUUCAUCUUUGAUAGAUAUGUUGUUUUGACAAGUAAACACCAUGAGGGCUGGACAAACUGGAGGUCAAAUGUUUCUUGGAACUGGAACUCCGUCAAUAAUGGUCCUCAUAGGGAUCUUGUUGGUAAGCAAGCUUUUGGUCUCAACUUGGGCAUUCUAUUUCAUGCUUUUUGUAAUCUUUUUGUAAGGCCAGAUUUACUUUGCAAUCACCUAAAGUCACACUGAACAUUUCCAAGUUGGUCCUCCACAACCAAAAUGGCACUUUCUUUAAAGUUGCAUUUGUGCCACUGUAUGUUUUGAUAAAAUAGGAAUCCUUCAUGUUAGCAGAUACAAAAGAAAAAGCCAGACCUAUUAUAGUGCACGCUCAGAUCUGAUGCCCACCAUGAUAUUGUUCUUGAAACAUUGUGCAAAAAUAACAUGGUCAUUUUAUUUGUCUUGAACAGGUGAUCUAGCAUCAGCCAUUAGGAAGCGCACUAACAUCACAUUUGGUUUGUACUAUUCCCUUUAUGAAUGGUUUAACCCUCUUUAUCUGGAAGAUAAAGAAAAUAAAUUUGCCACACAGACAUAUGUUGAUGUAAGUUGAAGUCUUAAGGAUAAAUUCAGUUUUAAUACUUGAACUCCCAUAAGUGACCAGGACAAAGUUUCUCUUUACGAUAACAGUACACUUUCAAGCUGAUGGGUGACGAGAAUAAAGAAAAAAAAUCAAUUAAAGGAUUAUUAGUUGAUUCAGUACCAAAUUUUCUUAACUAACAUUAUAGGAGUUGUGGGGCAGAUGGUAAAGAGAACUACUGAUAAGAUCGUGUGAGUGAAAGGGUUAACCCUUUAACUCUGAAUAUCUGAUUGUGAAUUCUCCCCACUAGCUGCUAUAUGUUUCCUCAUAAGUAAGUUGCAAGAAUUUGGUGUCAGAUUGAGAGAGCAACUUGAACCUAAUAAGUUUGAAUAUUCUCAUUGCUUGUUUGCUGGAUAAUGGUUAGAUAUUUUAGGGAGAAGUUUCUUUUUAAAUACUCCUGGGAGUUAAAGGGUUAAAUGAACAUUUUAGCACUGUUUUAUUUGUUUUUCUGAUCUUGCAUUCUCCCUAGCUACAUGUAAAUCAUGGAUUUGUUCUCAAGGCUGUCAACCUCCAAACCUAAUAACGCAUUUUUGUAUUGAUGUGGAAUAUUUUCUUAAUAAGAUAUUGACAAGGCAGUUUUUUUAAAAUAUAUGUUUAUUGUUAGAUGUGGAAUGGUAGACUGUGCAGUUUUUUCUGUACUGUUACUUUUAGUUACACCAUUAUCCUGGUACAGUAAUUUCUGGCUAUUUACCCGUGUGGCAGAUUACCUGCAUCUAUCAAUUUUUGCAAUUGUGACAAAAAAAGUUUAAACAGAUCACCUGCACUGGCAGAUAAGCUGCACCUAAGAACAAAAGAAAAUCGUCAACUCACACAAAGUUCUACCAUUGUUUUUGUUGACAUGAUAUCCUUUAGCAUGCAAUUAAUAAAUUUUCACACUUCCUGUUCUCGAUGUUUCUUAUAGAAUGAAUCAAAGAAAUGGCUUGAAACAUGAAAAUACUCUUUAACUCAUGGCAGUGCUAGCUAAGAAAAUUUCACUGAUGUGUCAAAUAUUCUGUCAUGCUGUUGUUCUGUAAAAUUAUCUUAUUACCUGCACUUUCCCAUAACUUGCACCAACAACUGUCUGUGGAAAAAUUAACAGAUUACCCAUGGGUAAUUGGCUAGAAAUUAUGGUACUAAAUAUCUGAAUGAAACUCCUGGAUAAUAUGUACUUUCUGUUUUUUAAUAAAGGAAAUUAUGCUACCUCAGAUGUAUGAUAUUGUAGAGACUUACAAGCCAGAGUAUAUUUGGUCAGAUGGUGACUGGGAAGCUAGUGAUUCUUACUGGAAGAGUAAAGAAUUUCUUGCAUGGUUGUACAAUGACAGGUAACAUUUUAUUGCAGGAGAACAAAAUGACAAAAUUUUAAGGUGAAACCACCUGUAAAAAUUAGUAAAUACUUAGUUUAGAGAAUUGCCCUCAAAGUUAUCUUCACAGGUGGUUAUUCUUCUUAAAAAUAAAGAAUUUACUCCAAAAUGUUUGCAAACUUAGAGUUUUAAAAUUCAUGACUGUGUCCUGUGUAAGAAUCUUCUGAUGUAAUCACACAAUACAUGUUUGCAAGCUUAAAGUUUUAAAAUUCAUGAUUGUGUCCUGUGUAAGAAUCUACCAGAAGCAACCGGCAUCAAGUUGUGAUUAACUAGACCAACUCUGGCCCCAAGGCCACUUAACAUCAAACAUGUACUGUAAGGAACCUACUUUGGGACUUUCUAAGCACAUGACAGUAAUAUAAGUCAGUGGGUUAAAGUGAAUUUCUCACACUUUAUUUUCAGUCCUGUUAAAGACACUGUGGUGGUGAAUGACCGCUGGGGUGUUGGUGAUAGGUGUCACCAUGGUGGUGUGUUUACUUGUGCUGACAGAUAUAAUCCAGGUAACAUAUCUAAAAGUAUACACAAUCCCUUAAUUGUAUUUUCAUAUUUUUUUGUUAAAAUUAUAAAACUUUUAUAAUUUUUCUCAAAAUUUUAGAGGCAACAUUACAUUUUGCUGUUGAUGGAGUGUAGAUCUUAAUAUCAGAUUUAUUAAAAAGGUAUUUCCAUCCAUUUUCAGGUGUUUUGCAGAAACACAAAUGGGAAGAUGCCAUGACAGUUGAUAAAGAUUCAUGGGGAUAUCGAAGAAACACAAUUAUCUCAGACUUUCUAACUAUGGAUAACCUGACCAGUAUCCUUGCUUCAACUGUGAGGUUAGAAUCUUAAAAUGUUCCUCUUUUCCUUGUGUCCUUUCCCUAUCCAUUGUGGUUCAGGUGCCUGCAGUAUUUACUCCAGCUCUCAUUGUUGCUCUUUUUGUCAUCCCCUCACUCCUGAUUCCUCAUAUUAAUCACUGUCUUUUCUCUUUUCUUUUAUCACUAUUGACUUUCCUCAUGAUUAUUUUUCAUAAUGUCACCUUUCCUUACUUUAAACAAGUGAUUUCCUUAGUCUAGUCUACAGAAGUUGGCAUAGCUGGUUAUGGAAUAAAACUAAUCAUGAGACAAUUUUCCCUGAGGCACAAGAGAGCUGGUCUGAUUUUUUAUAGUCACUAAUUUAUUAAAUUAUUUUUACUCUCCCUCUGAACAGUUGUGGUGGUAACAUGCUGAUGAAUGUUGGCCCAACAGCAGAUGGUCGAAUUGACCCAAUUUUUCAGGAACGUCUUGAACAAAUGGGAGACUGGCUGAAUGUUAAUGGGGAAGGUAUUUAUGGAACCAAGCCUUGGCGAGUUCAAAAUGAUACCUUAACCCCUAAGAUAUGGUAAGUAUUAUUUUCCCAAAGAAUAAAAGUCAUCUCUGUAUUUCAUUACAGAGCUUAAAAAAAAUUACCACCUUUUCCUUUUUCUGUCAACGCACACAUCAAGCUUUAUACAAAUUGCUAGUAGUAGUGUUAUGCCCAAUGUGUGAGUCCUGGGACUCAGAAGUUUGUACCUUUUUCUUGUUGGUCCCAUUAUUUUUUCUUUUCAUAUUAAGAUUACAGUGCUCACAAUGUAUCAAAAGUGAAGUUUAUUGCAGAAUUGAAUGUACAUGUACAGCAAGUAGUGGAGCAAAACUUAAGUAAAUGUAAUCCAAAAGAUAAUUGAGUUAUUACUCACCUUUACUCUGAUAAACCUGGAUACAUAGAUUGGUCUGUUACAACUUUUACUAUCUUUCCACAGGUACACCAGCAAACCUGGGCUGACAUAUGCUAUUGCACUGGAGUGGCCCAAAGAGGAGACACUAUAUCUUGGGUCACCUGUGCCUGCUGAGAAUGCAACCGUUAAUCUGCUUGGUCUACCAGGAGUUGAGUUUCCUUGGAAGCCUCUUUCAGAAAAGGGAGGAAUGAAAAUAAUUAUUCCACCCCUGUCUGCAUCUGACCUGCCCUGUCAGUGGGCAUGGGUGUUUAAAAUGACUAAUGUCAAAUAAAAAGUGCGAGAAAAUACAACUGCAGGCCUUAUACAUAACUAGAGGCAUUAAAUUGGGAAUCAUAAGUAUGUGUAGAAGUAAUGUCCUUUUUU